GUCCCAGGACUCCCUUCCCCACCUGUGAAAUGCUGGUGGCCAAGAAGACUCCCUUCUAGGUCAACCCACCUGCCAGCUUGCUCUGCCUUUUAGAAAUAGCACCGGAUCAAGCAGGGAGGCUCAUUCCCUGCCUAUUUGUGUGGCCACCAAGGAGCAGCUCUGACUAGCCUUCUCUUUUCCUCCUUACAGGGGUGCCUCCUGCUAUUAAGAGCCAGCUGCUCACACGCCAGAGUCCUUCUCUACCCAGACUCUCCAGGGCGACUGGGGAGGCAAAGCUGGGCCAGGCUGCUGGGGAAAAAGAGCCUUCUCCCAGGCUGCGUACAGCACGUCAGGAGAGCUCCUCAAAGAUGGCAGAAGAGGGGAAGGGCAAGCGCUCUGCUGCGGCCUGGCCCCAAACUCAAGCCCCUGCCUGUGAGGGUCAACGGAGAGCAGGACAGGAAAUAUGCUGCCUGUACAGGCAAGAAGAUGAAAGAACUCUGCAGGCAUCGCUGGCUGAGGAGCAGCUGAAGAAAGAACGGGAGGGACAGCACAUGUGGGAAAAGUGCAAGGGUCGUGGCGAAAGGAAUGGGAGAGAGAGUAUCUGGCAGAAGACGCAGACGGAAAUGCAGAGGCUGCAGACAGAGAGUGCUUCCUCCAUGGCACUUGUGGAACUGAAAAAGUCUCUGCAGAUGGUACCAGUGGAUAUGAAGCAGCAGCACGUCCUCAUCCCUCACCCCCCAGAGAAGAAGGCUGAGGCAGCUCCUCUGAGCAAAUCAAGCACCAACUGCCUUUCGGUGCGGAGUGUGCGGGUGAGGAAAGAGCUGGAGAAGAGAAAGGAGGCCCUGCAGAAAGACAAGACCAAGAGCAGAGCUCCGAACAUCCCUGGGAAUUCUGCAGAGGAUCUUCUGAUCUGCGUUGGUGAGAAAGUCCCUGUGCUUCCAGUGCCGAAGAUGACACGAGCAUCAGGGAAACCAGCGCGGACCCCUCGCAGCUGUGAGCAGCUGUCAGCCCAAUAAAGACUGUUGCUUCCUGCUGGAGGGACCAG